AUGCGUUACAACAUGUUGGUCUUAGUUUAUCUUCUGCCGUGGAAAAUGUCCAAAGUUGCCGCUUUUAAGCAAUAAUGGUUUGCUCUUUUAACACCUACCCAGUAUGUUUUGAUUGCACUCAGCCUCUGAAGUUAGAUGGCUGAGCCUCCAGCCUUACCCAAUCAAAAACGAAAAUUUUGCUACCAAAGAGCUCGGUUAGGUAACUCUAGCACUAGUAAGAGAAGGAAAGAUUCAGAUGAAAGCAAAAAUGACUUUGACGAUGAUUGGGAUGGAGAGCUGACCCUUACACAACAGGAACUAAACGAGCUUGAUAAUGCUGCUUCCAACGCUUAUACAGUGAAAGCUGGACCGAGUUCCGUGAAGCCUGAUCAAGGACAAGCUCCUAAUGUUGCAACAAAAGGUGUUGCGCCUGCAGUUUUGCCGGGAUCUCAUACACAGUUUUUAUUUCCGAAACAGGAUGUGGCCCCAUACCAACCUGCAUCAAAGCUUGUUCAACGUUCUUCUUCAACUUCCAGCUCUUCUUCAACAUUCCCAGUCUCGUCUACAACCAGCUAUGACUCCAGUAAUUCAAGCCACAGUUCUGCAAGCAGCUCUAGUCUUCACAGGCUGAAAAGUGAUAGCUCAAAUGGUGAUAAAGUCACACUUGAUCAAAAAUUAAUUGAAGAACUUCAGCUCUUAAGAAGAGAUAGUAAAAAGUAUAAACAGAAUUUAUAUCUGAAAGAAGGUGAAAUUAAAAUUCUACGUACAGAUCUACAGAGAGAGACAGAAAAAUUAUCAAAACUACAACAAGAGAAAACUCAGCAAGAAGUUCGAGAGAAAGCCGAAAGUGAAAAACAUUUGAAAUCUGAGAUUGAACGUUUAAAUGUGCAGCUGCAGUUUAAAGAACAAGAAAUUAUGCACUUGAAAGAUUCGUUGCUUAGUGUUAAAAGCAGCAUUGCUGCUAGUGGUGCUGCUUCUCCACAGUCAGCAACAACCAGUAGCUAUCAUGGUGCUAGUUCUAAAGUACGUCGGGUUUUAGUGGAGAAACCUUCUCCACAGAAAAAAUUUCCAUCGGAUGAUUCCAUCCUCAGUGCUGAUAAUAUUGGUUCAAGAGGAAAUGGCAAGAUUUCCAUCAGCCCUCAAAAGAGCACUUCAGAGAGUGUGUGCAGUUCUACAUACAGCAACAGAAGAAAGAAAAUCUUAAAUGUACAUCUACAUCAUGGAAAACUUACUGGUUCACAGUUAACAUCAAAAUUGGUACAAGACACUUUAAGUGACAAAUACACAAUGUCAGCUUGCUUUAAUAGUGGCAUUAUACAACUACUACAACUUCACUCAACCCAGGAUUUUGCAGGUCUAAAGUUCUGCCGAGAUUCCACAAGUUUCCUUCUGAAACAAAAAUCUAAAAGUAUGUCAGAUCUUCGGAAUAUUAUGAAUUCUACAAGCAAAAAGGAUAUGGUCUCUUCUUCGAAUCUCAACCUUGCAAUCCAUGGCUUGUCUCAGCUUUUAAUCACCGACUGUUCUCCAACCAGUAAACAGGAGAUGUCUACCAGCCAAAGUAGCGAUCCUUCACAAACCUCUCUGAAUCUUUUGCUGCAGCUCAUUCCUUUAUUAGCGGAUUACCUUGGCCACUAUUGUGACCAACUGUCAGCGAACCUGGUUGCAUCAAGCACCGACCUGUGUGACUCUUUGACCAGCGGAAACAAUGGGAAAUCGGGGAGCUCGUCGGAAAGUUCUAUGGACUCAGUAACUAGUUCUGUGAAUAUGUUACUACAAGACUGUGCAAAUGUUGCCAACCAGUUGGAGCUACUUGUUAUAGUAACCCUCAGGGUUUUACAUAAACUAAUUGCUUUCUGUACUGAACUACGACACUCACUGCUUGUCAACGAUACCGAUAAACUUGCUAAUUCUCUGAGCAAUUCUCUUUCAAUGACAUCACCAAACCAAAAAUCUAGCAAGACUUCUGUGCCUUCUUUUCUUCUUCAAGACAUUAAAAAGUUCGAUUUACUCAAUAAAUUAUUCCAACUUGCUAAUCCCAUUCCAGAGAAACUGUGUAACCCUAGAAUUGUGAAGUUAGCUGGGUCCAUUCUCAUUUUACUGGCCAAGUCAAGUACAGCGCAAGAGGUUGAGUUGUUUCUUCCGGCUGUUUCCAGUGGGAUAAUUAAAAACUGUUUGGUCUAUGAACAAUGCUUUGAGGUACAACUAGCUGGAUUGCAACUUUUCCUCAACCUCUGUCAUUCACAACAGAUUAUCAGUCAAGUGUGCUCCAACAGCAAUACCGGUGAAUGCCUCCUAGCAACCAUAUACAACAUGAGUUACCAACUAUUGAGAGAUUCAGCCGAAUGUAAGGUUCCUAUGCAGCUGUACCAUACUGUGAUAGAAAUUUUAACUACAUUGUGUUCACAACAGCCAUUGGGUGCAUCUUGUCUUGUUGAAUCUCAAUGUCCAUGUAACAUGGAGUGUGUGAAAUGCUGCGUCCACAUUCUGUACCACAUCCUUGAGCAACACCAAUGUCAUUGCAAGAAAGCACAGAGUGCAAAGCUUGAAGGGAGAGAGAUGAUUUGCAACAAAUGCACAGAUAGCAACGAGGAGAAACCAAAUGUUGAGGACUGCACUUGUGAAUAUGUCCUUUACGAAGGGGCCUUACUGCUUUACACCAUUAGCCAGAAAGAACAAAACUUUUUUGUACGUGAUGUGUUGCACAAAUACACGAUUUUGAUCAGUCAUUUACAACACCUGGUGGAAAUGAAUGAAGAAAGCCAGUGGAAAAUUGAAGUCUCUGCUCUGAAGGAAUUAUGGGAAUUUGUCAUUGACUCCGAUUCUUUGACAGAAGAUGAAGAAACUGCAAUGGAGACAAGCUGAAGAAUUCUACACGGUACUUGGAUUCUUUAAAUAAGGUUGUGCUAUCCCCGAUCAGCAAUGCAAUCAGUUUCCAAUGGAAGUAAUUAGUGACUAACCAGAUUUCUUGGGGCCCCAAAAUGGGGCCUACUUUGUAAGGCUUAGAAGGAAGCUCUCUGAAUUGUUCUGUACUUUACAUUUGUUGUUAUGAUUAUUUUUCCACUUCAUGUCAGACAAGAUGUUAUGGUUCAACCCCCCCCCCCCGCCUGACCCUUUUUUUUUUCAGAUUGAUGACGUCUUUAUAUUCCUUAUAAACAAGACAAUUAUAUAAAAUAUAGCUAUGUAAUAAUAUAUUGUAUAUAAUAUAAAAGGGACAGGACUUAAUGGCUAGAGCAUUCAGCUCAUUGACGUAGGGACCAGGUGACACUUCCUGUGUCUUGAGCAAGACUUUUCAUUUCGUAUUCCCCCUCAGUUUUCUCAGCUCGUUACAGCAGAUACAGCUGUUUCCCUCCCAUCAGCCAUCACAUCCUAGAUGUUCCGCCAGAUCUGGAUCUGAAGUGAGAUACAGCCAAGAGGGUGCCUCUGUUUGCUUGCAACAACAUAAGACACCUGGAUAUUUACGUGGUACAUGUUAACGAGCCAUACCCACAUGCAAGUGAUAGCUGGCUGUACAUUUAGUGCAGUUACACUUGCACACUUGUCAGUCUGUUUUGUUGCAAUUUUAAAUCUGCAAUCCUCUUAUUUGUAUUUUUUAGAUUAACACACUGAGAUCCAUUGCCUAAUUUUUAUUUUCCUUACUACAGUGAGACUCACAGGUCCUUGUACAAUUAGUAUAGAUGGUACGUUAAAUAUCAAAUGUCAGCUACGUAUAGUCUCUUCAGAGUAACUUCCUUAUGCCUUCUUGAGAGGGGGAGAGAGAGAGAGAGACACCUCCCUGAAGAGGAUUAUUUUUAUUCCUCUUCCCCCACUCGAUCCUUAAAGAAACUACUACUUCCUGUCUACCUUGACCCAUCCACUCAGCUUCCAGAUAACAACUCAGGGCUUCAGGCUAAUUACGGUUAUGCCUCUGCGUAUGUUUUAAUCAGUGAAAGUAAACAAGAUGACCCCCAACGGCAGCAGAACCAAAACAAAAUAAUAAAGCAUUGUACUUAGAAACUAUGCUAAACAAGCACAUUGCUGGGGUGGGGAUAGGAAAAAAAAGAAAACAAAAAAAAAAAGAAGAGGGCAGCAGCAG